AUGCAGAAAACCAAUGAAGAAAAUUUGGAAGGGGAAGUGAAUUCGACAAGCUUUGGUAACUGCCAGCGUCAGUGUCUCCGCAAUGCCUACAGAUGUCAAACUGCACAGUACUCGGCCAACAGCAACAAGUGCACUGUCUACUUGGACAAUACAACGCGAGGCUGUGAUAACUUGGGGGUCACCAAUCUCAGGCAGUAUUCCAGGAGCGGCUGGUCAGACUCUAGAUCUAGCGGGGAAACCUGGGGGGUCACAUACACCAAGCUAUACGACUUUACCGGACUCCGUGUGCGAUUUGCCGGGAAUUUGAGGGUUAGUGCGAACGUUAACAAUUACGCAGCACGAUUUUACUUUAAGUUCAACGGGCAAGAAUGCUCAAAUCCUGCCACCAUUGAAUACGUCGGCAAAAACACAGGCAACCAGAGAAACCAAAGGAAACAUGAUGAAUUUGAAGGUAUCUGCGAGGGUUUGGCGGCCGGAAGUAUAAACAUUGCCAUGUUUACGGGCAGUGUACCGGGUCAUAGUGUUAGCGGUGCAAAAAUAGGCUGGGACACAGCCAAUAGGAUUUUAGUGGAGGAAGUGGACACCAGACCCGUCCAAGCUCCCUGCGCACUUCUAAGUCUGUUCAACGUCAAACAAUACGUGUUCCCGAGUUUCACGAAUGGGCUGGAUAAUGGCGUAAUACCUGGGUUGGAUGUCUCCUACGAAAAAGUCGCCGCAGACAGCGCACUCCGAGUAAAGUGGUUUGGGGUACUAAGAGGCUAUCAGGGAAAUUACUGCCGCCGGUGGUUCUUUACUUUCAACGGAGUGGAGUGCACCUCUCCCUUUCCACUCGAUGGUGCAGUAGGGUUUAUGCACGGUCACGACGCGUCCUAUCAGUACAUGACACGAUCAAUUGAAGGUAUUUGCGAGGGUUUGGGGAAAGGACAUUACACUAUUCAGUUUAAUGUUGGAGCUUGUCCCACCGGCUCCUUCUCGAACUAUGACGCAUACACUGGGUUUUCUAACUCUGUCUCCCGCAUUAUCGUGGAAGAGGUCCGUUUAGGACGACGGGAAAAUCAGGUGAUACUGAACGAAGGGUAUAAGCUGACCAACCCUGUGUUCAACGUACAUCACUGGAACUGGUAUGCCGUGGACAAUACCAAUAAUAACGCAGAGAUUAAGAGAUUCUACUACAUCAAGAUGAGUAGCAGUUCCGUCCUUCGUGUAACCUUCAACGGUGUGAUUAGACCUGCAACGUCUCGCGGGUACUGUGCACGGUGGUUCUUCAAGUCUAACAAUAACUUGUGCUCCGACCCUCAGACAAUCGAAGGAGAGUGGCACGAAAACAGUAAUCAGUAUGCUGAAGUGGACAAAAGAAUCCCGACAUCAGUUAGCGGAAUGUGCAAGGGCCUGAGCGCGGGAAACGUGUUGGUCUCCUUCAACAUCGGCACGUGUAACGCUGGCACCGGGCGACACAGCACCUAUACCGGCUGGAUGACCAGGAUGACCAUCAUGGUGGAAGAAGUUCACGCGGAAGCUUAA